AUGCAUACGACGAACGACGUCUCUAUUCCCGCAAACGGACUCCUACUUGCUGCCACGCUUUCUACACUCAGCGCCCGCGAAAGCCACCACGCAAUCUCGCAUAUCUACGGCGGUGCCCCAGGGAAAUCGACUCUCGACGACGUCUCCGACAAUUUUUUUGGUUCAACCCUCACCUUUGCCUUGAACCCCGCCCAAACAUCCGCGACUUGA